CUGGUGUGUGCGAAGGUGUCGGCCGGUCCCCCAUCAAUCCAUCCGCACUCUCGCCCAUUAUGCUACCCCCAUAGCCAGAAUCGUGAUUCAGCGACGCCAUCAGCGAUGUCACGUUGUGAGAAACCGAUCCGGACCCGACGACCAUAUACUCAGGCCCUUCGCCGUGGUGAUGCGAGCUGUUCGAAGAUUCUCCUCCAGUGGCGUGUUUGGAGGAGCCCUCGCCAGCCGCCGAGCCGGCCUCACUCGGGAAAUACUGUUGACUCAUGGCAAGCAAGCGAACUGCGCCGAUCAAAGGAGAUGAGUGAGCACCCGCAUGAAAUGAAGAGGGGUCGUUUGAGACGUGGUAGUUGUGUGGAUGUUGAACCGGGGGGGUUUUUGCAGAGGAAAACGGGUUAAUGACGUUGGGUGGAAAAGAAUUAUUGCUGAUGGUCCGGAUCUGAUUGUCCCGGGCUUGGCGUGGCGCUUCUGGGCAAUCAGCAGCCGAAGCAGAACAUCGUCACCGCGACAUUAUUCAGAGCACCAAGCCGUUGUUCUAGAGACCAGCUAAAUAAGUGCAAUCCAGCCUCCUGCUGCUGCUGCUGCUACUGCUGCUGCUGUCUAUCACACUGUGAUAGUUACCGGGUGUUAUAUUUUCCUCUCUCUUUACCUUCUCAUACAACAACUCGCAAUGAAUAUCGUAGAAUGGGCGUUUGGAAAGCGGAUGACCCCCGCAGAGCGUCUGCGAAAACACCAACGGGCCCUGGAAAAGACGCAGCGCGAACUGGAUAGAGAACGUGUUAAGCUGGAAAACCAGGAAAAGAAGCUUGUGCAGGAUAUCAAGAAGAGCGCAAAGAAUGGGCAAAUAGGGGCCUGCAAGAUUCAGGCGAAAGAUCUGGUUAGGACGAGGCGGUAUAUCCAAAAGUUCUACUCAAUGCGAACACAGCUACAAGCCAUCUCCCUCCGGAUCCAGACCGUUAGGAGUAACGAGCAGAUGAUGCAAUCCAUGAGAGGCGCAACAAUGCUUUUGGGCAGCAUGAACAGACAAAUGAACCUCCCCGCGCUACAACGGAUAGCCAUGGAAUUCGAACGGGAGAAUGAAAUCAUGGACCAGCGGCAGGAGUUGAUGGACGAUGCCAUUGACGAGGCCACGGGAAUAGAGGAUGAGGAGGAAGGCGAGGAGAUUGUGAAAGAGGUCCUGGAUGAGAUUGGUGUUGAUCUCGGGCAAGCUAUGGGAGAGACGCCUUCGGAAUUGCAAAAGGCAUCUGUCCCCGAGGGACGAGUCGCGCAGGCAGUCGGUGGCGGUGGCGGUGCCGGUGCAAAUACAGACGACGACGAUUUACAGGCAAGAUUAGACAGUCUCCGUCGGUGAUCUAUCAUCUUGCUGUAUAUUCCCUUUUUCCCCUUUUUCCCGUUUUUCCCUCCUUUUUCUUUUGUGUGGCAGGCAGCGGAGUUUGGCGUUUUGAUUUCCACGCUACGGACUGCUACAUAUACUUCCUAUUUCUAUUUCUAUUUCUAUUUUUACUUCCAUUUUUUCGUAGAUUUUUCUUGCUACGAAUAUGUAAUGGACAGUGAUACAUCAAUCGCAUGGAGGUUGGUAUCUAGAGUUACCCGUUACACCCACUCACGGAGAUAUCUAUGCAUCGAAGCUAGUAACGUUGUUUUCUGGUAACAUCUCUCGUGGGUAGUGAAACAAUGGAGCUAUAUAACCCUUUGAUGAUAUACGUAGGGUGUUCGAUAACAAAUCCUAUCCAAGUGUAUACGCAGUUAAAAAGUAGAAGUUGUAACACUAAGUCUUGGCGGGGCGUGCGCCUAUUAAUAACCCCCGCUAAGGCCCAGCCCGGCGGGCAACACGGGCAACACGCGGGCAACAACCUGCAGCCAGCCAAGCCCAUAACUACAUAAGAAUAAGAACUAACUUAGCUAGACAACUCUCUCCACGUACGUUCCAGCACUCGUCGUUGUCUCUGCUCUGUGUCUCUGCUCUGUGUCUCUUUGCUCUCUCGUCACUACGACACAGGAUACAGUCAGCCAAUCACUGCUUAGCGCUGCCUCGAGAGACCUUGGCCUCAGUCCAAACCCACCUUAUCCUCCUACUCUACUCCCGGCGUCGUCUCAUCUCCCCACCACACCACACUCACUCCUCCAUGAACUGAACCCGCGCUCCCCUUUAGAAUCUCCGAAUUCUACAACUACAACUUAGAAAAAAAGUCCUGCUGUAUAACCCUGCCUCGUGCUCACCUCCCAGACAAACAACAACAUCAUCAGCAAUAACCACAAUCUUCACCACAACAACAACCACAAACAAUCCUCUAGCUACAAAACGCCUGCUACACCUUACUGACACCCCCCCCCCCCCCCCCCCGGGCCC